AUGCCGGUGUCCUCGGGGAGCUCCGCGUGCUACACCUGCGACCCCUUCAGGUCCCCGAAGAUCAGGUCCUCCGUGUUCAGGGACGGCGCAUACGGGCGCCUGCACUUCGACCUCCGGGACCGGGAUUUCUUCAUAUACACCCCGUAUCGCCACGUCGCGCACCUCACCGACUUGGCUCCGGAGGAGGCGCACCGGGUGCUCCUCGAGAUCGACCGCAUGAUCGGCGCCAUGACCGACUCCUUCAACGUGCAGUACAACAAGGGCCGCUGGAAGAGCCACGAGCACGCGCACAUGAAGGUCACCAUCGACGAGCCGACCUUUCGGCGCAUCAAACGGGACCAUCUGUCGGCGUGCGAGCGGAGCCUGCCGCCGCCCCUCUGCGGAGCGGAGCGCAUGCCGUCGUGGGAGAGUCGGGCUUGGCGCGAGCACGUCAGGGAGCCGCUGACGCGGGACUGCUGGGUGGCGGACGCCGUCGAGGGGCCCAUCGUGCGGCGCUCCAUCACCUUCAACCCCGGCCUCUACAAGAUCUUCGACGAGGCUCUGGUGAACGUCAUCGACCACUCCAAGAGGGACGACGCGCUGACGUACGUCAAGGUCAGCGUGGACGGGGGACGGGUGCGCAUCAAGAACGACGGGACGCCCAUCCCCGUGGUCAAGCACCACCAGAUGACGGAGCUGUACGUGCCCGUGGUCGUGUUCGGGGUGUUGCUCUCCGGCAACAACUUCGACGAUUCCCGGGAGCGGUACACCGGCGGCCGCAACGGUCUCGGCGUGAAGCUCGCCAACGUCCUGUCGAAACGGUUCGAGAUCGAGGUGGUCGACGCCGAGCGGAGGCUCAAGCUGACGCACGCCUGGCGGGCGGGCAUGGACACGAAGGCCGCGGACACCAAGGUCAAGAGGCUGGCCGACUCCAGCAAGGAGCGCUCCAGCGUGACGGUGACCUUCGUGCCCGACUUCGAGUACUUCGGCGAGGCCGGGGAGACCUUCUCGGAGGACACGGUCGCACUAUUCCGCCGCAGGGUCAUGGACGCCGCCGGGUGCACGCCGCGGCCCAGCAUAUCCUUCGACGGGAAGACCAUCAAGGUCAAGCGCUUCGCGGACUACGUCAGGCUCUACGUGUCGAGCGUGGCGUUCGUGGAGCACGUCGCCGGCCCGUGGAGGCUCGCCGUCUGCAGGGCGCCCGAAGGCUUCGGCUACUCCCACGUCUCGUCCGUGAACGGCGUCUCCACGGCCCUCGGGGGCACCCACGUGGACGCCGCGUGCACGGCGCUGAUGAGGGCGAUGACGCCGGUGCUCAAGGGGAGCGAGCGGUGCGUGCCGGCGCUCCGGGCGGCCCUCUUCCUCAUGGUGCACGUGGACGUGGCGAACCCGAGCUUCUCGAGCCAGUCCAAGGACGCGUGCAACACGCCCGCCUCCCGGCUGCCCAGGCUGGACCUGCCGCCCGAGCUGGCCAAGAGGGUCGCGGACCGCCUGAAGCUGCGGGAUGUGGUGGCGGACGCGGAGCGCGCCAGCGACAAGCGGCUGCUGGCGUCCACCAACGGCUUCAAGUCCGGGGCGUCCACCCUCAAGAUACCCAAGCUAGACGACGCCCCGAGGGCCGGGACCCGCGACUCGCACAGAUGCACGCUCCUCCUCACCGAAGGCGACUCGGCCAAGUCCUUCGCCGUCGCCGGAGUGGGCGCCCUCGAGCGCAAGGAGCGCGAGUACUGGGGCGUCUUCCCACUGAAGGGGAAGCUCCUCAACGUGUCCGAGGCGUCCGCCAAGCAGCUGGCGGCCAACGCCGAGGUGACCCGGAUCCAGAAGAUCCUGGGGUUGAAGCACGGCGCAGCGUACGACUCCCUGCGCCAGCUCCGCUACGGUAAGCUUGUGGUGCUGGCGGACGCGGACAGCGACGGCUUCCACAUCCUGGGACUCAUCAUACACCUCGUCGAGACGUUCUGGCCGAACCUGAUCGACCUCGGCUUCGUGUGCUCCAUGCGGACCCCUAUCAUCCGGGCGCUGCCGACCGCGGGGAAAGGGAGCUGCCUCGAAUUUUUCAGCGAGCGCGCGUUCGAGGAGUGGCUCGAUGACGAGAAGAAGCGGCGCUUCAAGAUCCGCUACUACAAAGGGCUGGGCACUCACACCGCCGCGGAAGCGAAGGCCGUCUUCGCCAGGAUGGACCUCGUCCGCUACACCCGCGACGCGGAGGGCCACCGGAGCAUGGAGCUCGCCUUCUCCGGCGCCCGCUCGGACGAGCGCAAGGGCUGGAUCGUGGCCGCCACCGAGACGCCCCCGCGAGAGCUGACGGGCCCCCAGAUGAGCCUCACCGAGUUCGUGAACAACGACCUGGUGCGCUACGGGCUGGCCGCCAGCGAGAGGUCCCUGCCGUCCGUGUGGGACGGCCUCAAGCCGAGCCAGCGCAAGAUCAUGUUCACCCUCCUGGAGUCGCCGGCGGCGGACGAGAUCAAGGUCGCCCAGCUGGCCGCCAAGGUGGCCCUCCGCACCGUGUACAAGCACGGCGAGACGUCCCUGGCGAACGCCAUCGUCAACCUGGCCCAGGACUUCGUGGGGGCGGGCAACGUGAAUCUGCUGCAACCCAUCGGAUGCUUCGGCACGCGGCUGCUCGGCGGGAAGGACGCCGCCAGCCCCCGUUACAUCUUCACGAAGCCCUCCGCCGCGGCUCCCCUCAUCUUCCGGCGCGAAGACGCGCCCCUCCUGCGGCCCCUGACCGAGGAGGGCGCGAGCAUCGAGUACGAGCACCUCGCGCCCGUCCUGCCGAUGCUGCUGGUCAACGGCUGCAACGGGAUCGCCUGGGGCUUCUCCACCAACAUCCACCCCAGGGAGCCCGCGGCGGUCCUGGCGAACCUUCGGCUGCUGCUGGAGCGCGGCUCGGGAGCGACGCUCGCGCCGAUGCCGCCCUUCUGGAGGAGGUUCCGGGGGACCGUGGAGGGCGCGGGCGCUGGGGGCCGGUGGGUAGUGAGGGGGACGUUCGCGCGCCUCCGAGAGAACGCCCUGAGGGUCACCGAGCUCCCGGUCGGGACCUGGACCGAGUCCUACAAGACGGCGGCGGACGGCAUCGAGGGCGUCGCGCGGGUGCACACCUCGUCCACGGAGGAAGACGUGUGCAUCGACCUCGUCUUCGAAUCCGAGGAUGCCCUCUCGGCGCUCCUCGAGGGCGACCCGGAGAGGACGCUCCGCCUCAGGAGGUCGGUGGACGACGACAACAUGUACGCCUUCGACGCGCGCGGCGUGAUCAGGAAGUACGCCUCCGUGGAGAAGAUGCUCCGGGAGUUCUUCGACGCCCGCCUCGAGCUGUACGGCGCACGGAAGGCGCGCUCCCUCGCGGACCUCCAGGAGGAGCUGCGGGCCAAGCGCGACCAACGGGCCUUCGUGGACGCGGUCGUGUCCGGCCGCAUCGCGGUCUGGAGGAGGCCGGCCGAAGACGUCGUGGAGGACAUACUGAAGGUGGCGAGCGGCGCGGGCCGGACGGAGGCGCGCGACAUGCUCAAGAUGCAGCUGGCCAGCAUGACGGCGGAGAAGCUCCUCGAGAUGACUCAUAAGAUAGAUGCGUUGGAGACCCAGAUAUCAUCUCUGACGGAGAAGACGCCCCAGCAGCUGUGGCACGCGGAUUUGGACGCACUCGAAAAAUACCUGUGA